AUGCGCUUUUCGCUUUUCUUCGUUUCAGUCUGGAUUUGUGUUGAUUUGUAUUGUCCUGAGGGAAGUUUUCUCGUUUCGGAUCUCGGCGAUUGUUUUCUUUACAGCGAUUUAGGCAGCAAAGCCGAAGAUGCCGAGCAAAUUUGUCGGCUUUACGGUGGACAUCUCACAGCGAUUCACAAUGCUUUCGAGAAUGGAGUGAUCGCGAGUUAUGCCUUAAAAGCCCUUGGUAGCACUCAAGCAAUCAUUGGCUUAAACAGAAACGAUCCGGAUUUGAAAUGGCAAUGGGUUGAUGGAUCGAAUGUUGAAUAUUUUAAAUGGGGACAAGGUCAACCAUCGGCCGGUAAUUGCUCAUCAUUGAAAAUUGAUGAGAUGAUUUGGCGAACGAUCGAUUGCUCACUUUCUCUACCAUUUAUUUGUCGUUUCUCAGAGAUUCAAACGACCACUCCACACUCAACCACUCCCGAUCCGAAUAGUGUUUGCUUUGAUGGAUGGAAGUACUUCGAUGUGACCGAUAUGUGUUAUUAUCACGGAAAAGAGUCGACUUUCUAUGAUGCGGAGGCUUUUUGUCAAGAAAAUCACGGGCAUUUAGCCUCAAUUCACAGUGAUGCCGAAAAUGAAUUUGUGAAAAAUUUGGCUUACAACACAUCUUGCGAUCGAAAUGAUUUCCAUUGGAUGUACGGAGCGACGAUACUUGGCGGACAAAUCAAUGAUAACACGAAUUUGACCGAUUGGUGGACUGAUGGAUCGGACACCGAUUACACGCAGAUGUUGUGCAGUACGGGAAGUGGGGCAAACGGGAACACGAUAAUUUUAAGUUCUUUUAUCAUUGGG